AUGGUUGUACCUAGGGCGUCGCGGUGGCUAAGCCCCCGGGUUCCCCGUCGCUUCUACUCCGCGGCUCCCUCGCCGGCAGCGAAGCUCAAUUUACCAAUCGAUUACAAGUCCACCCCUCUUCUUCAUCACACCCCUUCUUCGUUAUCAGGGAUAGCAGACUUCCCCGCGGCUGCAACUAGCAAACGCUUGAACCUCUUCCAAGCAAUCAACUCUGCUCUCCGCACCGCUCUUUCUACCUCCGAUAAGGUGCUCCUUUUUGGUGAAGAUGUAGCAUUCGGCGGGGUGUUUCGCUGCUCAAUGGAUCUCCAGACCGAAUUUGGCUCAGACCGCGUCUUCAAUACCCCCUUAACGGAGCAAGGCAUUGCGGGGUUUGCUAUCGGAGCCGCAGCGGAAGGCAUGAAACCUGUGGCUGAGAUUCAAUUCGCCGACUACGUCUACCCAGCAUUUGACCAGAUUGUAAAUGAAGCCGCCAAGUUCAGAUACAGAGAAGGCAACACAGGCGGGAACGUCGGAGGAUUGGUGAUUCGAAUGCCGUGCGGAGCUGUGGGACACGGUGCACUAUACCAUACGCAGUCACCCGAAUCGCUCUUUUCGCACAUCCCUGGUGUCCGGGUGGUUGUCCCACGGUCCCCUUCGCAGGCCAAGGGCCUGCUCCUCUCGUCCAUCUUCAAAUACAAUGACCCAGUGAUCUUCAUGGAGCCGAAGAUUCUCUACCGCGCUGCCGUGGAACAUGUGCCCAAUGAAUAUUACACGAUUCCCCUCAGUAAGGCCGAGGUAGUAAAGCCAGGUAAGGACCUGACUGUAAUUUCAUACGGCCAGCCCUUAUAUAACUGCUCGGCGGCCAUCUCCGCAUUGGAAAAGACCAUGAAGGGCGUCAACAUUGAGCUCAUUGACCUCCGGACGAUCUAUCCCUGGGACCGUCCAACAAUUCUGGAAAGCGUGCGGAAAACAGGCCGGGCCAUUGUCGUUCAUGAGAGCAUGGUCAAUUAUGGCGUUGGGGCGGAGAUUGCGGCUACAAUCCAACAAGGUGCUUUCCUUCGGUUGGAAGCGCCCGUCAAGCGAGUGGCGGGCUGGACUACUCAUACAGGACUUGCAUUCGAACCAUUUAUCCUGCCAGACGUUGCGCGAAUCUAUGAUGCUAUGAAGCAAACCCUUGAAUAUUGA